AUGAGCAAAAUCGUCUGCUUAACCUUUCUCUUGGCUACCCUUCUUACUGUGAUCUCUCCAACCGCUGCUGCCGGACUUGAGGAAAGGUGGCGCAAUCGCCAUCACAAUCGUGAUUGUUGUCCAGUCGCUAUCUGCGAAUUCGAGAAGGGUGAUUCCUUUGAUCACCGACGCCACGCUAAACGCAAUAUAAACCCGUUUGAUGGAUUUAUUCAAUUUACAGAAACGUUUAACAACCAGCUGUUUGUCUCCGGAUUCUUGGAUGCAGAAAACUUUAAGAAGGAUACCACUGCUGGUGCUCAAGGCCUUGACGUUCACGUAGCCGAUUGUAACCUCAAAAGUCUUGAUGUCGGACUUGAUUUGGACGAAGUUGAUGACAUUUUUGAUAGGCCUUUCGUUGGCGUUAUCCCCAACAAGAAAGUUAGUCAACUUGUUGGCAAAUGCUGUAUUCUGGCAGAUGAUAAGCAAAAUGAUCAAAUUAUUGCCGUUGCAAAGGUGAAGCAAGCCAUAAAGUGUGGGCGUAACAAAAAAAUACUCAUAAAGGAUCUCUAG